UUGCUCCUCCUCGAGCUCUUCCUCUCGAGAGCUCUUCACUCAGCUCUAGAUUGAGGAGCAUCCCUCAAUCGCUCGUCGCGUCGCUCGCUGGCUGCUCCAAUCCGAUCCGAUCGCACCACCAGCAGCACCGGCGAUUCUAGAUCUCAAUUCUCUGCGAGGCUUUCAAUCAGUGAGAUCGAUCAUUCCAGCAUAGAAAGACGGAAAAAGGAUAAGGAGAACAGGGGGAUUUUGCGAGCUCGAUCUUCCGGCAAAAUGGGGACCAGAUUGGUGGCUUCCCGCAGCUCGAUCGCCCUGGGAUGGGCUCUAGCGCUGGUGACAAUCGCGGCAUUGGGAGAGAUUAAUGUGGUGAGCGCGAAUUACGAUUACUCUUCGCCGCCGCCGCCUUAUGUGUACAAGUCGCCACCUCCGCCAUCCCCGUCGCCGCCGCCUCCGUACAUCUACAAAUCGCCGCCUCCGCCGUCUUCUUCGCCGCCACCACCAUACGUCUACAAAUCACCGCCGCCACCAUCUCCAUCUCCGCCUCCUCCUUACAUUUAUAAAUCUCCUCCUCCGCCAUCUCCGUCUCCGCCACCUCCAUAUGUCUAUAAGUCGCCGCCGCCGCCAUCUCCCUCUCCGCCACCCCCGUACGUAUACAAAUCUCCACCACCUCCAUCUCCCUCCCCGCCACCCCCGUAUGUGUAUCAAUCCCCGCCACCGCCAUCUCCCUCGCCGCCUCCUCCAUAUGUUUACAGCUCGCCACCUCCGCCAUCUCCCUCACCACCACCACCGUACGUUUACAAAUCUCCGCCGCCUCCAUCUCCAUCCCCGCCACCUCCUUAUGUGUAUAAAUCUCCGCCGCCUCCAUCUCCAUCCCCGCCACCUCCAUAUGUGUACAAAUCUCCGCCACCACCAUCCCCAUCCCCACCACCUCCAUAUGUGUACAAAUCUCCGCCACCACCAUCCCCAUCACCACCUCCGCCAUAUGUAUACAAAUCCCCGCCACCACCUUCACCAUCUCCGCCACCACCAUACGUUUACCAAUCUCCACCCCCGCCAUCUCCAUCGCCCCCUCCUCCUUACUACUACAAGUCGCCGCCACCACCCUCUCCAUCCCCUCCACCACCGUAUAUCUACAAGUCUCCACCUCCGCCAUCACCGUCCCCACCACCACCAUACGUAUACAUGUCCCCUCCACCACCCUCGCCAUCGCCGCCACCUCCUUAUAGUCUUGGCUGCGUCAGCGAGAGCCGCUGUCUAGAUAUGUUUCUAUUGAUUUUCUUUCCCAGUGCUAGAGAUUUGUUACCUUCCAUCUCGAAAUCUUUCUCGAAACCUUUGGAAGUCAUGCUCAAGGAUUUUCCAGCUGAGCAUAAAGCCAGAGUUUGCCUAGGAGAUUUUAUCUUCUGGUAUCAGCGGAAGACGCUAGAGGCUUCCAUUGCUCUGUCUCUACACGAUUUUCCUAUCGACGCUCGGGGUGAAUCGCGCGCGGAGGUGGCAGGCGCCAGGGCCGUCGGAUGGCCAGCAUGGAAUUUAAAAAGGGCCGAGCAGGGAGAUCGAUAUUUCGGGGCGGCGCAGGGAUCUUGCGGCGGCUGGGGCGAGGGAGGAGCUGCAUUUUGGGGGAAUCCGGGAUUAGGGCGUGGGGAUGAGACAAGCGGCGGAGGGGUUCGAUACCUGCUGUUGCCGCUGCCGGUUGCCAUCGCCGAAUUGCCAGAAUUCUUCUAUCUGGGACACGAGGAGGGUGCCGCGAUUUGGGAAUUCCCAGCUUGUGGAAGCUAG